GAGGCACGUGGGCAAAAGGGAGUUUGGAGAGCUGAAAGGACCUCAGGUAGAACCAAGAACCCCGGCGAUGGAAGAGACCUAGCAUCCAUGCCUCUUUAUCCUGCUUGGCCCUUUUUGCGCUUGCAAGAUAGUCCUGGAGGUCCAACAGGCGCUCCUCCAAGCGGAGCCUUGGAGGGCACGGCCGGCACCAUUACCUCCAACGAGUGGAGCUCUCCUAACUCCCCUGAGGGGAGCAACGUCUCUGGGGGCAGUCAGGCAUUGGACAAGCCCAUCGACAAUGAUGCGGAGGGGGUGUGGAGCCCGGACAUUGAGCAGAGCUUCCAGGAGGCCCUGGCCAUCUACCCACCCUGUGGCCGGCGCAAGAUCAUUCUGUCAGAUGAGGGCAAGAUGUACGGUCGGAAUGAGCUGAUUGCCCGCUACAUCAAGCUCCGGACAGGGAAGACCCGUACCAGGAAGCAGGUCUCCAGCCACAUCCAGGUGCUGGCUCGUCGCAAAGCCCGUGAGAUCCAGGCCAAGCUAAAGGACCAGGCAGCUAAGGACAAGGCCCUGCAGAGCAUGGCUGCCAUGUCAUCCGCCCAGAUCAUCUCCGCCACAGCCUUCCACAGUAAAAUGGCCCUCGCCCGGGGCCCUGGCUGCCCAGCAGUCUCCGGGUUUUGGCAAGGAGCUUUGCCGGGCCAAGCCGGAACAUCCCAUGAUGUGAAACCUUUCUCUCAACAAACCUACGCUGUCCAGCCUUCACUGCCUCUACCAGGUUUUGAGUCUCCUGCGGGACCCGCCCCAUCGCCCUCAGCGCCCCCAGCACCCCCCUGGCAGGGGCGCAGCGUGGCCAGCUCCAAGCUCUGGAUGCUGGAGUUUUCUGCCUUCCUGGAGCAGCAGCAAGACCCUGACACGUACAACAAGCACCUGUUUGUACACAUUGGACAGUCAAGCCCUAGCUACAGUGACCCCUACCUCGAAGCUGUGGACAUCCGCCAGAUUUAUGACAAGUUCCCAGAGAAAAAGGGUGGACUCAAGGAGCUCUUUGAACGGGGACCUUCCAAUGCCUUUUUUCUCGUGAAGUUCUGGGCAGACCUCAACACUAAUAUGGAAGAUGAAGGCAGCUCCUUCUAUGGGGUCUCGAGCCAAUAUGAGAGUCCCGAGAACAUGAUAAUUACCUGCUCCACCAAGGUCUGCUCAUUUGGCAAGCAGGUGGUAGAGAAAGUGGAGACAGAGUAUGCCCGCUAUGAAAAUGGCCACUACUCCUACCGCAUCCACCGGUCCCCGCUCUGUGAAUACAUGAUCAACUUCAUCCACAAGCUGAAGCACCUGCCUGAGAAGUACAUGAUGAACAGCGUGCUGGAGAACUUCACCAUCCUACAGGUGGUCACCAACAGAGACACGCAGGAGACUUUGCUGUGCAUUGCAUAUGUCUUCGAGGUGUCAGCUAGCGAGCACGGGGCUCAACACCACAUCUACCGGCUGGUGAAAGAAUAAGAGACUCGGGGAGCAGGGAGGGGGAGAAGAGACAUUGUGUGUGUAGGGACAUGGGGAGGGGACCUGCAGGGGCAGCCCCCUGAAGUGCCAAGAAAGCUGACUCUUCCUACCCAGAAACAAACUGUGCCUGAACCUGCAGUGCCCAACCCCAAUAAACCCAAGAUGUGUAUUUCCAGAGGACCCCAUCUGGCUGUAGGAGCUCUGGGAGGGACUGUGGGAGAAGGGGGGCAGUCUGGGAAGUGGGCCGGAAGCAGCCCCAGAGAUGUAUCUUCAGCAGUUCUGAAGCCAUUGCUCCAGUGGACUCGGUCAAGUGCGUCACCAGAGGCUGAACCUCAAGAUGGGAUGGUCCGUCUGCUGCCUCGAGCCCUGCACCCUGCCGCUGGCCACCCUGGGAGGCCUGAGGACAGGCGCGUGGGCCCUCCAUUCUGUGUGUGCCCAGGUGUGCACCACAGUUACGUGGGCGUGGUGCAGCUGCCCUCCCUGGCCACCUCUGCUGCCACUGCCGCGGGGCUGCUAACAGGGCGACUGGUCCAACCCAGGGGGUGAUUUUAGGUGACUGAGUUAUUGGAAAUGUUGGAAGGGGAUGCGGAGCCCUUUAAUUUUUAUCUAUCUGCAGUGCUUGUAGAUUCCGUGGCUCUGCUUGCUUGUUGGGGGAACUGCGGACCAGAGGAGCCUGGGACAGGGAGGGCAGGCAGGCAGUGCAGAAGCCAGCCUGAGGAGCUGAGGUGCUGAGGCUGGCAUCACGCAGCAUCUUUGUUGGUGGUGUGGGCGGAGAAAGUCGGUCAGAGGUUUGUGGUGGGCCAGUGGUCUCUGAGACCCUCCCGUUCGGGCGUUCUCUGAGUCUUACCUCCCUCCCAGCCAAGGUGCCUGUCGGGUGGUGACCGCCUCAGAGCCAGUCCAGGCCAUCCACUCCCUCCCCAAACAGUAGUUUCUGUGCUCCCUGGGGAUGGAGGGGGCUGCGGCAUGGAACCCACUCUGGGCCCAGAGGCAACCAACCGAAGGGGUUCCCUGUUUAUUUCUCCUGCGAACUGGCAGGGACAUUGGGUUUCAGCAGUUCUGGCUUCAUCUAGUAUUCCUAGCUGCCUGACUUUGGGCAGAUGUCUCCAUCUUUCUGAGCCUGUAUAGGCGGCAGUAAGAGCAUCCACCUUAGAAGGCCAUAGUGAGGAAGAGAGAGAGUGUCCACAAAGUGCUUGGUGCAAGGUGCCCUGAACAAAUGCUACUAAGUAAUUCAUCUUUCUCUGACCUCAGGGAGGCCUGGGCCUGGCUCUUUGCUGCCAUCUAGUGGCUCUUUGUGAUCAUCCCCAGUGGGAACCACAACCCUGGGAGCCUGUGAUUCAAGCUACAGGUGUUUACUAUGCCCAGCCCUUGAGGAGAUAGUUAUGGGAAUACACAAAAAGGAAAGACAGCAUCUAGGAAGGGGUAAGAGUGUGGUUAGCAGCAAGGGCUCUGGUGUCAGACCACUAGGAUUGAAAUCCUGGCACUCGUCUUCUGCCUGGCCAUGUGACUUUGGGGCAAGUUGCUUAAUUUCACCGUGCCUCAGUUUCCCCAUCUGUAAAAUGGGUAUAAUAACAGUACCUACCUCGUAUAUGUAGAGAGCCUAGCAUCGUGCUGAACACAUGAAUGUGUUUGAUAAAUACACUUUAUUAUUAAUAAGGAGCUUUCAGUCUAAAGAGUUAGAUUGGAAAACUGGCUGAUCUGAUCCUCAGAACAAUGGACUUCAGAGAUAGGACAGCGCAGGGUGUAGAAGAAUCAGGAAAGGGGCCCUAGUUGAGAGGGGCUGCCCCUUAAAGGAUGAGCCAUGUUUAGAUAAGCAAACAGGAAGAAGGCUGGCCGGCUGUCCAGGUGGGGAAAAAGCCAGUUACCCAGUCUCCCUUUGUCCCCCACAGGCCAGCAACCCCUGUCUUUAUUAAAAAUCAACCAAACAUAUGGACUACUGCUAGAUCUCAUGCUAAGUUGCUUAACUCUGCUGUACAUGGGGGCCAAGGUGGGGUGUGGGGGUCCCUGGGUGCCCGGCUCUGGUGGCAUGUGCUCCUAGGUCUGAGGGUUGGUUUGUGCUCGGCUCUCCUGCCCUUCCCCCACUUGCCGGCACAGCCCUUGCCCUUUCCCCUCCCCUUCCUUUUUCUGGGGCUGGUUGGACAAGGGAGAGCCUGAUACCUGGCCUGCUAGCUAGGCUGAAUAUUCAGACAAGUGCUCAGGAAGGAUGUGUGAGCAGCCUCUUCACCAUGAGACAAAUGCACAAGUUAAGAUGAUCUUUUUGUGUCGUGGGUGGGAAGGAGGCUGCAGGUGUUGGGGCCAGGUGUUGGCUGUGAGUUUUUCCUUUAGGAACUGACCUCAGUAGCUUAAUGGAGAAUCACCUGCUUAUUCCAAACAAGUCUGCUGUGGGGACCUGUCCCACCAGCAUAGGACAGACUGCGACCCUUGGGGCAAACGGGAGACCCACCUGACCCUGCCUUUCCUGCAGCCUCAUCUGACACUCCCAGGGCCCCGUGAGUCACCCUUCCGGGCCUGAUCUGCCUGCCUUUCAGCCGUGGCACCGCGUGUUCCCUGGCCCUCCGCCCCCACUGGAGAACUGUUACUCUUCAAGAGUCAGCAUGGAGUUGCCUCUUCUAAUGCAGAAGGGUUUGUGCUCCUGCUCUUUGUAACAAAAGCAUUCCGUUCAUGACCCCUUAAAGCAGCUGUUCCGUGGUACCAGAAAACAGGUACUUCUGUCAACUCUGCUAAUUCUCACCUGAAGGGUACUGUGCUACCCCUAUGUUAAAGGUGAGGAAAGUGGGGCACAGGGGGGGAACUUUCUUGGAGUAUUCAUACAUUUAUUCAUUCAUUUAGCACAUAAUUGAACUCCUGCUUUGUGCCAGCCUUUGGAAAUGUGUCUGUGACUAAGGCAGAUGAGGUCCUUUGGGGAGCUGAGGAAGAAAGACAAAGCAAAGAAACGACACAUGUACAAUGGGAUAACAUGCUGUCAAAGAACGAGAGUGCGCUGACGUUGGGAGUCGCUGGGGAGUCUGUUGGAGGCCCAGGGAGGGUGAGGGCAGGGAGGUGACGGGUGCGUUCCAGGUACAGA